UACCUUCUCUUUUCUCCUCUCCCAUUCGCCCCACUUCGUGAACGUAGCGUCUCGUUGCCUUAGUUACAGCGUUUCGUCUGGGGCCAGGCAGAGGAUGAGAAAGGGUUUGUUGACAUGGGAAGUUGUCAACGCUUUCCACCACAAUAAAUAGCUAGCCAAUUAGCCAAUUAGCAAACCAUUGCCGCAUGUCACAUGCAAUGAGACUUUGAUCCUUUGAAAGUGUUUUUACAGAAACUGUCAAAUAAAUGGCUGACAUUCUUAAUAAACACUCAGAUGAGCUUGGAAACGUUUUAGUCCAGGUCCAGGAUGAUUUGAGACAGCUGAAGCGUAGCCUUGGCCGUAUCACCUUCCACGAGAAGGGAGAAACCGUGGACCUCCAGGCCUUGGACGCUGCCAUCCGCAGGACAGAGAGUGGGAUCAGGAGGCGUGCAGAGCAGUAUCAGAAGACAGUCAAUAGGCAGGUACUGACACUUCCCAGCAUUGAAGACCUAGAGAAGAAGACUGUACAGAUUCCCAAAUGGAGGCCCCCCCUGGGGAGUAUCCCUGACAUGCAUCAUCAGAGAGGUCAGAGUGUGGGGGCUUCACCCGGGGAGAAGCACAAGGCUGCGUUGGCCAUGCGUCUGCUGUAUAAUCCCGUUCAUCCAAAGAACAGGACUCUGAUGCACCAAAACUAUGGAAUUCAGCUUCCUGAUCUACGUAAGAGAUCGGCUACGACAGGGCCCACUCAAAGGGUAGUGACUGGUCCCACGGUGGGCAGUCUGGCUAUAGUGCCAGGAGGAGCAUGCAACAACCUGUACCUGGUACCACCUCUGUCUGAAGAAGACAUGACAGCAGGCAUUGCCAGUCUACUGGAGAAGGGCUUAACCUCCUCAGCUAGAGAUCUGUUCUGGACUGCUGUCCGCCCCACGGCUGCUCCGUUACACCGCAGGGAAGAGAGCUGCUCCUCCAAGAUGGCCCCGCCAGAGAAAACAUCGCAGGGUCAGAAGGAAUUGAUCUGGGGCAAGGAUCCUGGCCCCUCCCACGGUCAUGUGGGAGGGGCCAGAGAACGCCCGUCCACCUGGACCAUCCACACCCCACCCGCCUCCGCCAACUCCAAGAGCUCCGAACACAGGCAAAUGACCCAGGGAGCCGUCCGGCUUGCACCCCUCAACCCCCAGUGUCUCCCUGCUCUGGCUUCCAUAUCCAUCAGUAAGUUGUCCUUCACCAUCCUGGAGGGCCACAUCAACCCUAUGGCCCCAGACUUCUGCCGCUUCAAGCAGCACUACUGUCUGUGCUGGGGCCUGCUGGUGGAGCUGUUGUCGGGGCUGGGGAGUCUUCUGAGGCGCUAUGCUGUCCCCGUGGCCAGGGUCGACGGAGAGAGGCUGGUACAGCUGGCACAGGGCGGGGAUCUGGACUGGGCCGUAGGAGGAGGAGGCAGUAGCUCGGUGGAGCGUCUCCUCUCGGUGAUAGAGAACAGAGAGGAGGUUUGGGACCUGGUGCACCGACCAGGGCAGCGCUACCGGGGGGAGGGAGGCACGGAGGCUGCCGCGAUACGGAUCCAGAGCUGCUGGAGGCGCCACUGGGCCCGCAACGCCUACCUGCGCCACCGCCAGAGGAAGUGGGCGGCAGGGACCAUCGCCAUCUCCUGGCUGAUGCACGCUCAACUGGGCCGCGUCAGGAAGAUCCUGCAGGAGAGCAAGAGGACACACCUGGAUAACUACCGCAUCAGGGGCCAGUAUCUGUCAGCCAACUGGAAACACAUCCAGGCUUCCAGAAGGACCAUCAUACACAUCCCAUCAUUAGGUUACUCCCAGUUGCAGCGUUUCAGCCUGAAGGGUUUCGACGUCCUGCAGAACAUCCAGAUGGGACGACUGUGUGAUGUCAGAGAUGACAACGUGGAGGUGAUCUAUGUGUCUCCUGUGCGUCUGGGAGACGACCUGUCCCAGUAUUACACCAGACUGCUGGCUUUGCAACAGAGAGGCCAGGGAGGACUCCAGGAGGCCACGGUAGACCCAGGGGACGGAUGGGGAGGAGGGGCCAGGACAACCCAGGCCUCCUGCACCAAACGCUUCACCAUCCUCACGCCUGACGCUCUGGAAGACUUUCCGACUCACAACAUGUGUCUGUCCACGCUGUUGAAGUACAGCCCUCGAACCCUACGACGGAUCCGUAACCUGAUCCAGGGUCAGCAGGCCUACAUGGUGGGUGGUGUGGCCCACGUAGAUGACCUGGCGGUGGCCGAUGAGCUGGGGGUACCCCUGCUGGGGCCAGAACCUGCUGUGGCCCGGCUCUACAGCACCAAGUCUGGAGGCAGGAGGAUCUUUACUGGCGCAGGGGUCAACGUGCCCCCAGGACAGUGGGACAUAUACUCCUUACAACAGCUCCAUGAAACCCUCGCCAAGCUGAUGACAAACCACAUGGAGGUGAGGCGCUGGCUCUUCAAGAUGGACUCUGAGAUGGGUGGGCGGGGCACAGCAUACUGCGAUGUGUCUCACCUGAAUUGCUCUACCUGGGCUCAGCAGGAGUACAGCCACCACAGUCCUGAACGCUGGAGGAAGGCCUGGGCUCAGGUAGGAUGGAACACACACUAUGACCUUUCACCUCACUAUUAUAACCACAGUCCUGAACGCUGGAGGAAGGCCUGGGCUCAGGUAGGAUGGAACACACACUAUGACCUUUCACCUCACUAUUAUAACCACAGUCCUGAACGCUGGAGGAAGGCCUGGGCUCAGGAGCCUGUUCUUAUGAAGUACCUGGAGGAGGUUCCAGAGUGGUUGUCCCACUAUGCCCAGCCUGUUAAGACCUCCUGUUACCCCACCUGGGCCUGUUUCCUGGACACCUUCCUUAGACAAGGUGGUGUAGUGGAGGGAUACCCUCCCUCAGACAGUGUUACCUGUCUAACAGUAGACCUGCUACUGCAGCCAGACGGGGAGGUCACUGUGCUGUCCUGUGGAGACCAGCUCCACGGCCCCAGUGAGUUGGAGACUGCAGGAUCCUCAGUGCCUCAAACCUCUGUGUGUCCUGAUGCCCUGCACACCCUCUGUCUCCGUGUGGGACAUGCCUGUCUUCAACGCCACAUCAUCGGACAUGUCUCUAUGGACCUGGCCACAUUCCUGGACCCUAGGACACUGGAGCAGCAGGUGUGGGCAGUGGACCUGGACCUGAGCUAUAGUAACCAGUUGGCCAUGACCCAGCUGAUGCUCAUGAUGACGGGGGGAAGCCUGGACUGUCGGACCAGUCGUCUGGAGGUCCCCCUCACCAAGCCCUUCCUGCGCCAGAAAGGAUCCAAAGAAACUGCUCUCCCAGCGGUGGCCAGUCGCUAUGCUGUCCUGGGGAGCCGGCUGCUCCACACCAACCUGUCCAUGGUGCACUAUAGUGUCUUCUUCCAGAUGUGCAAGGCUCAAGGCAUCGGCUUCGACAUCAAGGAAAAACAAGGCACGGUCUUUGUUCUCCAUGACAGCUGUGAGCGAAACAGUCUGGGGAUGGUAACCGUCGGUGACGACCUCCAGGGAGCCCUGAUGACCUUCGCUCGUAACCUGUCCGUCAUCCAUCAGGAGAUAUCAGCUCCCAACAUGCAGGGAGAGACUAACUUUAAGGACCUGAUUAGAGACAUAGAAGAGGUUUUGGGAAUGACCGUCCAGAAUAAAGCCCAGGUGACCGAGGGAGAAGAGAGGACUGCUGCUGUCGCUGUCCGGACUAAACUGGACUGACCCCCCCCCCCCCCACACACACACACACACACUACUAGGAUGACUUAGUCACUUUAACGGAAGAAAUGCGAUCAUUUCAAACCCUAUUAUCUAUUUCUAUAUGUAUUUCAUAGAGUUUAUCAUACUUACUAGGGACAAAUACAUUAUUCUAUCCUUGGA